GCUCCCCUCCUGCCUGCACCCUGCACCCUUCGUGCGUCCUUCAUGCAGCUUCCCUGCAGCUCUUGUGCCUCCACCACAGAUCCCUUCUGCACCCUCCUGCCUCUCACUCCCAUCCUUUGUGCAUCCCUUGCCCAUCCCUCUUGCAACCUCAUUCAUCCCUUUUGCCUCUCCUGUGCACCCUCCAUGCAUCCUCAGAGAAUCCCAGACCCAUCUUGUGUUAUUCCUCCUGCAUCCCUGGUGCAUCCUUUGUGCAUCCCCCACACACCCUUCAGGAAUCCCAGGUGCAUCUCCUGCACAUCCCUCAGGCAUUCUUUGUACAGGUCUCCUGUCCUGCCGCGCCUCUGGAGGUCCCUGUGCAGCUUCCUGCCCCAUCCUGGGGCCCAUCUGCUUCAUCCACACAGCCUCCUCACCCUCUGUGCACCCUCUCGCACCCCCCACACCCCAUCAGGCACCCCUCCUCUGCCUCCCUUGGGCAUCCCCAUCCAUCUUCCUUGCAUCUCCUGGGCAUGCUUCUGCAUCCCUGUGCAUCUCCCACACCCCUCUUAUCCAUCUCUUGUGCAUCCUCGUGAGUCCUCACGUGUCCUUCACGCUCUUUCUGUGCACUGUUGUGUGUGCAUUCCUUGUGCAUCCCUUCCAUGUUCCUCCUGCAUCCUGUGUGCAGCCUCGUGCAGCACUUGUGUGCUUGUGCAUCCUUGUGUGCCCAGGUGCCUCAUUCACACUCAUGCAGCCUUUCUGCCCCUGAACCCUUGUGCACAUGGAGCACACUGGUGCACCCUUGUGCAUGCCCAGGUGUCCCUGUGCAAGCUCAUGUGCCCUUAUGCAACCCCCGGGCACCCUUGGGCACCACUGUCCAUCCCUGUGCAGCCCAGUGCCAGCCUGUGUGUCACCGUGCACCCUCGUGCAGCAUUGCAUGUGCAUUAUUGUGCAUUCUCGUACACAUUUGUGCAUCCUCCUGCAUCCUUGUACAUCCCCAUGGAUCAUAGUGCAUCCUCCUGCAUCCCUGUGCAUCCUCACGGAUCACAGUGCAUCCUCCUGCAUCCUCAUACAUCCCUGUGCAUCCUCAUGGAUCACAGUGCAUCCUCCUGCAUCCUUGUACAUCCCUGUGCAUCCUCAUGGAUCACAGUGCAUCCUCCUGCAUCCCUGUACAUCCCUGUGCAUCCUCAUGGAUCACAGUGCAUCCUCCUGCAUCCUCAUACAUCCCUGUGCAUCCCCAUGGAUCACAGUGCAUCCUCCUGAAUCCUUGUGCAUCCCUGUGCAUCCUCACGGAUCACAGUGCAUCCUCCUGCAUCC